AUGUCGUCGGACUUUUGGGCCGGCUAUAUUAGCGGCGCUAUUGGUAUAAUUAUCGGAAAUCCGCUCGAUCUCCUCAAAGUUCGAUUACAAGCCAGCCGUGCUACAGAUGGCGUUGUGUCCCCUCGGCAAUUAGGCCAAUUCGAGACCGCCAGUUCUCUUGUGCGAGGCGCUGCAGCUCCAAUUCUGGGAUAUGGGGCUCUCAAUGCCCUACUUUUUGUGGCCUAUAACCGGUCUUUGAUGAUCUUGGAUCCCUCUAUUACUGAUCCGACAAACCCUUCAAAUUGCGCCCUUUACAAGCUAUGGCUUGCUGGAGCUGUAGGCGGAGUCGCCAGCUGGACUGUGUCGUCUCCGACUGAAUUCAUCAAAUGUAGGGCUCAGCUUGACGCACGCCCGGGGGUCUCAUCCUGGACUAUCGCAAAGGACAUCAUUCGAAACCAUGGAUGGAGGGGCCUAUAUUACGCAGGCGGUAUUACCUGUGCAAGGGACUCCAUAGGUUAUGGAUUUUAUUUCUGGUCCUACGAAUAUUGCAAGCGCUUGAUGUCGUCUGGGGACGAUGAAAGCUCGAAUUACCUAGCCAUGAAGGUGCUUCUCUGCGGCGGUAUUGCGGGAAUUGUCACCUGGGCUUCUGUCUUUCCUCUAGAUGUAAUCAAAACACGACUCCAGGCGAGUACAAUUGAGCCUCAUGUUGAGGACCGCCCAUUGUUGCAAUCUCAACGCAACCGCCGCACCCUGAACGCCUACCAGCUUACCAGGGAGGUGUACACGACAGAAGGGGUUAAGGCUUUCUAUAGGGGCCUAGGGGUUUGCAGUUUAAGGGCUUUCAUUGUAAAUGCUGCUCAGUGGGCAACAUACGAGUGGCUCAUGAAGUAUUUCCAGAGUCCUGCGUGGAGUAAGACAUUCGAUCAUCUGCCAUAG